AAGAUCAGAGUCAAUUGCUUGUAUGUAUAUGUAAAUAUGUGUGUGUGUUGUCAUUGUGUGUUUAUGUGUGUAAUAUGGUUGAGUUUUUUUCUUUUUUGUUUGUUUAUAUAAAUCACACUUGUGUUCAUAACCAUCUUAUACUUUAAUCUGUCUCUUCCUUCCUCUGCCCACAUCCCCUUUGUUUCUUAUUUACAUUAGUGGAAUUUAAGAAAGAUGGCUCUUCUGGAAUCAAACAAGAACAGAGGAGAGGUAAGAAUUCAUGAAAGUUUGGAUGAACUCAGCACAGAUUUGGCUGAUUACAUAGCCGAAUUAUCCGAGGCAUCGGUUAAAGAACGCGGUUUUUUCGCCAUUGCUUUAUCUGGUGGUUCCAUCAUUACCUUGAUGAGGAAUCUAUGUGGAGCUCCUUAUAACAAGACUGUUGAUUGGUCCAAAUGGUAUAUAUUUUGGGCCGAUGAACGCGUCGUUGCCAAGAAUCAUGCUGAUAGCAACUAUAAGCUUGCUAAAGAUCAUCUUUUGUCUAAGUUGCCUAUUGUUCCGAGUCAUGUACAUUCCAUCAAUGACUCUCUCACAGCCGAAGAAGCUGCUAACGAAUACGAGUUUGUGAUCAGACAACUCGUCAGGACCCGUGUGGUCAACGUGUCUGACGUCAGCGACUGUCCGAAGUUUGACUUGAUCCUUCUAGGGAUGGGACCGGAUGGGCACGUGGCGUCAUUGAUCCCUGAUCAUCCGGUUCUCGAAGAAAAAAACGAGUGGGUGACAUUCAUCACCACUUCCCCUAAGCCACCCCCCGAAAGAAUCACCUUCACCUUGCCCGUCAUCAACUCUGCCGCCAAUGUGGCGGUCGUGGCGACGGGUAGUGGGAAAGCAGAAGCUGUCCGGCUGGCUAUAGACGAUGUGGGACCCGAAUGUGCGGUGUUGCCGGCUCGGAUGAUUGAACCAAUUGUAGGGAAACUGGUGUGGUUUUUGGAUCACCAGGCUGCUUCAAAGCUCAAAGGCUUUUCUCAAUUUUCCAAUUAGAGUUUAAUGGAGGAAUUUAUUUUAUAGUUGUUUGUUCCCUUUUUUUGGAUAGUUUGAUGUUUUGGGAUUUUGGUUAUCAAAUGUUUUGAAGGGCCUAGUGGCAACAUUGUGAUUUAUCCUUUGUUUGUUUGUUUUUUUAUUAAAAGAGGUGGUUAAUAAGAUUAA